AUGAUUGGUCGACCGACUGCAACUUCGAGAAGACACACAGAUUGGCGUCUUGAAACAAACAGCACGACGGAAAGCACGGUCAAUGAGGCGGCACUUACGCCAGCGAGAGUGAAGUCUGCGAGGAAGAGCAGGCGCGCAUCGGCACGGGUCUCAGUUCGCGAGCUACGCGCUCUUGCAGAGGGGCAAGAGAGCAUGGGAUUCAAAGCAGAAAAGGCUACGCCGGUCAGCAAGAGGAAGACGAGAAGCCGGCGAUCGAUGGCAGCCGUGGAUGUUGACGGCCGGAAGACAGACCAGGCUGAUGGGAAUUUGGCUACCGCCAAUUUCGUGCUUUCGCCGGUCCGCGCCACGAAGCAGCAGAGAGAGGUGCUCGGCUCCGAAAGCAUUGUGACACCUGUGCGUCGAUCAUUGCGUAUUAGUAUGAGGCACGUGCCGGUGGUUAAAAUCGAUGAUGUUGGUGAGCAUAACGCAGAAAGGCUGGAAUCUGCUGAUUAUGCGUUUCUGCCUAAUCAGAGCCUGCCGGAGAAGGUCGCUGUCGAGAGAAAACCAAUCCGUUGAAGAUUUUGCAAAGUUUAGAGGACAGUCCUCGACUUCACAGAGCCUCGGUAAGCUGUAAGACGUAGGAAGUAAGAAGCAUGUGUGAGAGGUGCGAGCAAAGGGCUCGCCCAAAGCCAGAGGCAUCUUCUGUCAUACGCAAAUGUGGAGCACAAACACGUCACUUUUGAAAGAACAUACUCUGUCAUACGCAAAUGUGGAGCACAUACACGUCACUUUUGAAAGAACAGAGUCUCAUUUUAAGUCAUGAGGGAGAGCAGUGUAACCCACUUCUACAACUUAACUGAAGAUGUAUCAUCCGAUUCAUACACUUAAAAUCUGUGUGCUCAUAGCAGUCUUUAUUGCAUACGGCACGGCAUUAUUGCGACCUGCCUGCCUCAAUUCUUGCUGCAGUCGCUAGGAAGCGAUGGGACGCAUGUCUUCGCACUUUUGCUGUUAAAUUGUAGAGUAUUCCGUCUAGAGGGAUUUAUUGGCACUGCAAAAGAAAACUGUUGAAAGCAGGAGCUUCACAGCUCGGAGAAAAGUAAAAGACAAACAAGCCAUCAUAGGA